AUGCUACGUGAACUGCUUGCAGCGGCCGCUCUUGUGCCGCUCGCGCUCGCAGCCGGCCCUGCGCCGGGGCAGAUUAAGAACCUUGUCAUGUUUGACGACUCCUAUACCGACAUCGACGGGCAUGAAGACGGCGGUACAGUAUGGCCCGUCUUCGCCGCCCAAGACGGUAACUUCGCGCUCUUCCCAUUCGCGAAGGUCGGCGCAACGUGCUCCAACACCCUAACGUUCCGCCCGUUCCCGUCUCUAUUCGAGUCCCAACUCCCGACCUACUUCAGCGAGAAGUCGAACGGAUCUCUCACGAAGCUGAGGCCAGAGGACACGAUCUACACGCUCUGGAUUGGGACGAACGACGUCGGAGCGAAUGCGCUCCUCACGGGGAGCCAGGCUCCUGGGGUCACGCUCGUGGACACGGUGACGUGCGCGGUGAACUGGGUGAAGACGCUAUACAACAGCGGCGCGCGAAACUUCAUAUUUCAGAAUCGCAACACAACGGAGUGGAGUGUGUUUAUGAGGGAACUCACCACAGCCGGUAACGCAAUCGCCCGCCUGGAGCUUCAGCUCAUUGCACCCACCCUGCACGGCGCGCACAUUGGGCUCUUCGACUCGCAUGCGCUCCUCGCGGACAUGUACGCGCGGCCAGGGCUCUAUUUGAACGGCUCCGCGCCGCUCAACGUCACCGGCGCGGCCCACGCAUGCGUCUACCAGUUCAACGAGAGCCAGCUUGACCCCGGGGUUUGCAAAGACGUGCCGGAUCGAGAUAGCUACCUCUGGCAAGUCGCCUCGUCACUUAUCGCGGGAGGACGAGAUGCUGAUGCCUAG